AUGAAAUCGCUGUUCGUCGUUGCGCUACUGAUCGGUACCUGUUUGGCCGGUUGGGAAGAAGACCUCUACCUAUCGAAACGUCGCCUUCCGCGAGACAUUGGGCUGCCAGUUCCUGAACCGGGCCGCGAUGGCGGCAGAAUUGUCGGUGGUUCCGAGGUGAAUAUUGCCAACUUCCCGUACCAACUGUCGCUUCGUCAGAAUGGAGCCCACAUCUGCGGUGCGUCGGUGAUUUCGAGCAAUUAUGCUCUCUCGGCUGCGCACUGUACCUUCCCAGUUCCACCGGUGUCGGCGAUCACUUUCCGUGGAGGAAGCAGUGACCGGACGACGGGAGGAAUUCUGUUCCAGGCGGCGGAAAUCAUCAAUCAUCCAUCGUACAACGAUGGCACCUUAGACUUUGAUGUGUGCGUCGUCCGUAUUACGACGUCAUUCGUCGGUGCGAAUAUCGCGGCCGCUACUCUGGCACCCGAAGGAACCGACUAUCCGGCCGGAACGCGUACCGUCGUGUCGGGCUGGGGUCUGACCAGUCCUAUUGGCGCUCUGCCGAUCAAUUUGAUGGCGGUCGAUGUUCCGCUUAUCUCGCAGGAAAGCUGCCGCAGCAGCUGGUCGUUGCUGAGCGUUACCGAUAACAUGAUCUGUGCCAGUGAAGCGGGCCGUGAUGCGUGCAACGGUGACAGUGGUGGCCCACUCACCAACAACGGUCGGCAGAUCGGUAUCGUUUCCUGGGGAUCGCCACUCUGUCUGGGCAACCUGCCAGGAGUUUAUGCUCGCGUGGCAGCUCCCGCUAUUCGUGCUUUCAUUCGCGAGAAUGCCAACGUGUAA